AUGUCAUCCGAAGCUGAAGGAUGGAACAAAGUGUUGUGGGAAAGGCAGCCUUUUCCUGAUAAUUACAUUCAUCCUCACUCUUUCCUCUCUUCCUUGAGGCGGAACCCUAACUUCAAGCCGUACACCUAUUGGCCACUGGUACUGCUAUGCUGUGCGAUCACGCAGCACUUAGCGACAAUCUUCACAUUCCUCGCAGUUUUUGUGAGGCUCAAGGAACGCUGGUUUGAUGCCCGUGUCCUGCUAUGGGUCUCGAUAGCUAGUUUUUUUGGAGGAUAUGCUCUGUAUGAGAUCCUUAGCUGUUCUAAUCCUGUUCGCGGCGCCUUCACCCGCUCCAAUACGAUCAAAUCGUCCCUUCUUGUUUUCCUCGCUUUGAUGGGAUUGUCACCUGUUUUGCGAACUUUGACCGCAGCAACGUCCUCGGACUCCAUUUGGGCGCUCUCAGCAUGUCUCUUCCUUCUCAACGCGUUGCUCGCCGAUUAUAGCUCCAUGAAACCGCGCCACAUUGACCCUGCUGUCAAUUCUCAUCUUCCGUGUAGACUAACAUCUGUACUAUCCAUGAAUGCCGCGAUCUCGUCAUCGGUUGUUUUGGCCUCACGACUGCCUGACGAUUUGGCCGUCUUUGUUCUUGUCUUGUUUGCUGUGCAAUUGUUCGCUCUUUUCCCGAUCCUGCGUCAUCGGCUUCAGGUCACACCACAAGUCGCACAGAUCCUCUUCACACUGACCCUGUGUAUACUGUCGUUCGCUCUAACGGUACCUUUGUCCGUUUCGGUUGCCUACAUCUACGCGGGCAUUUCGAUCACGGUGACGUUCGUUGCUCCGGGAGUCCUAGUCUGGGCAGCAGAAAUACAAAAAGCACGUCAUUUCAUAAGAGGACCGUGGGAUGUUGCAGUUCCGAGACUUAAUUGA